AUGAUGGUGUUCCCAGAGUUGGGAAGGAUAAACUCCCCAAUAGAAGGAGGUAUCCAUCAGCACAGUUAUAACCAUGUGGCUUUAGGUAGCCCCACACGCACACCUAAAAAUGAAAACAAUCGGAUAAGUGGCAUCCUGACCUCGCAGACGGAGCCCUACGACCUGUCUUUCUCACGCUCCUUCCAGAGCCUGUCACACCUGCCGCCCUCCUACGAGGCGGCCGUCAAAGCCGACCUCAACCGGUUCUCAUCCCUGAAGAAACUCACAGAUAAAGAUGUUGAUGAGUACUACUCCCGCAAGCGCCACCUGCCCGACCUGGCAGCAAGAGGCACUCUUCCCCUGCAUGUUCUGAAAAUGAGUCAAGACCCGCAUCGAGAAUCACAGCAGCAGCAACUCCAGAACCAGCCUCCACAGUCCUCCAUCUCCCAGGCCCCUCCCCAGUCACAGUCUUCACAGCAACAGUCUCAGCAAAGGCAGCGACCCAGGCGUGUCCAACGGGCAAUGUCCCAGGAUCGUGUUCUGGUUCCACAAAGUGGCCCGCACCAGGACUACAACAUGUCAUCUGAGGGUAUGUCGCCAUAUGGAGGCAGGAUCCUCUCAGACGAACAACUCCUUUCUGCUGAACGCCUUCGGUCCCAAGAACGUCUUCUGCCCCAGGACCGCCACACCUCCCAAGACCGCCUGUACACCAAGGACCGCAUGUACUCGAAAGAUCGGCUCUUGUCACAGGAACACCUGUACUCAAAGGAUCGCCAUUACUCUCAAGAACGUCUUUACUCACAAGAUCGCCUGUACUCGCAGGACCGUCUACUGUCCCAGGAUCCCCUGCUCUCACCAGAAAAGCUGAUGAUGUCACUGAAGCGCGGCAUGGUCAGUAGCGUUUCUGGUGGCUUCCGUGGCAGUGACAUGUCGAUGUCGCGUGCCAUCUCCCACACAGAUGUGUUCACACCAACCACUCCUCUCAUGGAUCGCUAUAAGAUGACCAAAAUGCACUCCCAUCCCAGUGCCUCGAACAAUGGUGGCAGUGGUGGAGGCGGAAGCGGUGGCAGUGGGGCACCAGGGGCAGCAGUAUCUGUGCAUUCCAACACUUUAGCCAUGAACCAGACAACAAAUAAAAGACAGGCAUUUGCCUCCAGACGGACUCACACUGUGGAACAGCUCCACUACAUCCCACAGCACCAUCAGCAGCAGCAGCAGCCACAGCACUACCGCACAGGCAGCAAGACUGAAGUGACUGUGUAA